AACCAUAAAUAGUUAAAUAGUAAUAUGUAAAUUAAGUUCAGGACCAGCCUACUGGCUCAGGGUGUCUGACCCUCCAAGGGAGGAGUUGUAAAGUUUGAUGGCCACAGGCAGGAAUGACUUCCUAUGACGCUCUGUGUUGCAUCUUGGUGGAAUGAGUCUCUGGCUGAAUGUACUCCUGUGCCCACCCAGUACAUUAUGUAGUGGAUGGGAGACAUUGUCCAAGAUGGCAUGCAACUUCUUUUCAGACACCACCGUGAGAGUCCAGUUCCAUCCCCACCACAUCACUGGCCUUACGAAUGAGUUUGUUGAUUCUGUUGGUGUCUGCUACCCUCAGCCUGCUGCCCCAGCACACAACGCAACAGGAGGUCACUAAGCAAACUGUGAUCCAUUAUGGACAAUCUGGUACAUCCUCUCCAUGACCUACUGAAUAAACAGCAGAGCACCCUCUCCUAUAGACUCAUUCAGCUCCGCUGUCACAACGAUCGUUAAAGAAAAUCUUUCCUACCAAAUGCAAUAAGCAUAUACAACAGUUCAUCUCUGUGCGACGGGAGAACACACACCAUAGUACAAUAGUCUCUGUUUUAUUAUUUUGUACAUUACUAUUGCAUAAUGGUAAAUUAUUAUUGUGUAUGUUAUUAUUCUGUAUUUUAUUAUUAGGUAAGUGCACACUGCUGAAUGUGUUUUUAAAUGUUGCUGCUAUAACGAAAGAAUUUCCCACUUGGGAUCAAUAAAGUCUUAUUAUUAUUAUUUAUUAAAUAAAACUGAGGUACUGAAAGAACUAUACUCAUAAGAGUAAUAAUAAAAGUAUCAAAUUUCUUUCUCACUCGGGAACCAGAAAGGAGAAUCUGGGCAGCCGAGGAGUUGACCCACAGCACAUAUCAAAUUCACUUUAAAAGUACUGGAAGUAUUCCACAGAACAAAGGAGCAGCGUUAACUUGGCUGUUCUCCCCCCAUAGAUGCUGACUGACCUAGUAAAUGUUUUCUCUCCCAGCAUUUUCUACUUUCGUUUCUGAAUUUUUUUUUGCAGUACAUGUACUCCGGUUCAAUUGACGAAGUGAGUGUUCAUCGGUUCUAUUGAACUCACCGGACAUUCUUACAAGCAUUCAAAGACCGAUAUUAGAUGUUAUGGUGUGGUCUGGAUAUUACCGAAUAUUCUGCAACGCUUCUUUGGGUAACUAACAGACGUGGUUCGUCAAAUGACCUUAGUGGAAUCUCACUCACUAUUUGCAGUGUGCCCGCUAACGUGCUGAUCAUGGCUGUAAUUCCCGACCAUCAAGAAUCGGUAUCUUGUUUCAAUCGCUUGGCGUCACGAAGGCGCUAGUCUUUCAACACUGGGAGAACAAACAAAAGCUUUUAAUUUUUUUUAAACUUAGCAAUACACCCACCCAAUAAUAUUAGAUCUGGUUUUCUUUGAUGGUUUUUUUCCUAUGAUUUUUUUUUAAUAGAGCAGUUUAUUCUCCUCAGCGAAGCUUUAAAACGAGAAACAAAUCCGUUCCGGGGAGCAACACCAGCAUGAAGACUGGCGUCCUAGCUUUAUUUUCAAAGUUUUAAACUCGGUGUGAUUCGAUAUUUCUGUGCGCGCGUGUGUUACAGCGCUGCAGGUAUCUGCAGAAAGAGUGUGGCGAGUCUGCACCGGGGCAAAUUCAAAUUCACGCACGUAGCUUCAAAAUGAGUUUUCUUUUAUUUAAUCGCCAGCGUUUUCGUCCCGGCAUCCCACGCAGAGUGCAAUGUGAACGAGUUGUGAUCACAACAGUUGCCAGAGUCUGUGAGCACAGCUUCGCGUGGGGAAUAUGAUGAUGUCACCGGGCGACAACUUUUUCGUUUAGUUAUGGCGGAGGUUAAGUUUUAGAAAGUUCCCUGGGCAAGCUCCGAAUCUGCAGUGCUGCACGGUGAACGGCUGCUGAGAGAUCGCCCAGCCCUGUCCUCGUCUUCAGAGGGCGACGGACGCGGGGCAAUCGCCCAGAGGCAGAGUCACCUGUGCGCCUGACCAAAAUGGAGUACAAUUUGGGUUUCUGGAAGUCCAUCAGUAACGGCUUCAGUGCGCAAGAUGUGUUCCACGACGUCGCGACAAGUGUCUCUCCCACUUUCACGCACCAUUUUGCGUACCGCCGGGAAUCGGAGGAGGGCAAGCUGGCGGAUGCUUACAAAGCAGGAGGCACCAUUCGGGUUUACUUGCCAAACAAGCAGCGCACUGUGGUGAAUGUACGGCCAGGUAUGACUGUACAGGAUAGCCUCAAAAAGGCUUUGAAAGUCCGAGGCCUUCAGCCCGAUUGCUGUUCAGUCUUCAGGCUUCCCCAAGGAUGCUCAAAGUACCGCAUUGAUUGGACCACGGAUGCAACUUCCUUGAUUGGUGAAGAGUUGCUGGUUGAAGUCCUGGAUCAUCUCCCCUUAACUACUCACAACUUUGUUCGGAAAACCUUUCUGAAAUUGGCGUUCUGUGAUAUCUGUCAGAAAUUCUUAUUGAAUGGGUUCCGGUGUCAGACCUGUGGUUACAAGUUUCACGAGCAUUGCAGCACCAAAAUCCCCACCAUGUGUAUUGACUGGAAUAAUGUCAGAGCUUAUCAGGCUGGUACGCCCUACUCCAGAUUGUUCUCGUCCUCUAACAGUGAUGGAGUUGUACCAUCUAUUACUCAAAUGACCACGCGGCGGGUUCGGGAGUCUCUGUCACGACUUCCUGAGAGCUUGCAGUAUAGGUAUUCCAGUUCUCAUGCCUUCAACUGUCCCAUGCCUUUCCCAACUACAGAAGGACAGCUCUGUCAGCGACAAAGAUCGUCAUCUACCCCCAAUGUUCACAUGUCCAGCACCAACAUGCCAAUUGAUAACAAUAUUAUUGAGGAUGCAAUACGAAGUCACACUCCAAGAACUCCUUCAUCAGCAUUGUCAAAUAGUCCACCCAGCUUAAGCCCGACACGUGACUCUAAACAGAAGUCUCCCGUUCAAGCUCACCGAGACAGAAGACCCUCAGCAACAUCUGAAGGAACAAAGAAGAUACGACCUCGAGUUCAACGGGAUUCCAGUUACUACUGGGAAAUAAAAGGCGAGGAAGUUGUAUUAUUGAAGAGAAUAGGUUCUGGGUCAUUUGGAACUGUAUUUAAAGGAAAAUGGCAUGGUGAUGUAGCUGUGAAGAUUCUAAAGGUGAUGGAUCCAACGCCAGAACAACUCCAGGCUUUUCGGAAUGAAGUUCAGGUCCUGAGGAAAACACGGCAUGUAAACAUCUUACUGUUCAUGGGCUACAUGACAAAGUUUAACCUGGCCAUUGUCACCCAGUGGUGUGAAGGCAGCAGCCUCUACCAACACUUGCACGUCCAGGAGGUCAAGCUGGAGAUGUUUCAACUGAUUGACAUUGCCCGUCAGGCAGCCCAAGGGAUGGAUUAUUUACAUGCAAAGAAUAUUAUCCACAGAGACAUGAAGUCAAACAAUAUAUUUCUUCACGAAGGCCUCACUGUGAAGAUCGGAGAUUUUGGUUUAGCAACUGUGAAAUCGCGAUGGAGUGGCUCUCAACAAGUAGGGCAGCCAACAGGAUCUAUUCUUUGGAUGGCACCAGAGGUCAUCCGAAUGGAGGAAGUUAAUCCGUACAGUUUUCAAUCGGAUGUCUAUUCGUAUGGCAUUGUACUGUUUGAACUAAUGACAGGAGAGCUACCGUACUCACACAUAAACAACCGAGAUCAGAUUAUUUUCAUGGUGGGCCGAGGGUUUUUAACACCCGACCUCAGCAAGCUCUACAAAAAUUGCCCAAAAGCAAUGAAGAGACUUGUAGCGAACUGUGUAAACAGGAACAAGGAUGACAGACCUCUCUUUCCUCAGAUUUUAUCUUCUGUUGAAUUAUUACAACAUUCAUUACCCAAAAUACAUCGCAGUGCUUCAGAACCUUCUCUACAUCGAGCUGCACACACGGAGGACUUGAAUCCUUUAACCCUAACAUCAACAAGAUUGGUUGCUUGCUAACG